UAUUCAAAAGUUUCAAAGCCUAGAAAGCACCUCUCAAUAACUCUCCUUUAUUUUCCAUCGACUUCAAAUGCAGAAAAGUCAGAAUCCAAUACCAAAAAGUUGUGAAGACUUCAAAGACUGAAAAAUCAGAUUGAAUCUUCCUAACAAAAUGAGCACAGCCAUUCUAUUUAUACCACGUUUAGCUAGCUUUUGAGUAGAUGUGGAUGGGAAAGACAGAUAUGAGUUUCUUGACAUGGCUGGGGAUCAUUCUAAUAUUCCACUUUUACUACCUUUUCUACCUCAGCAUAGCACAGCCUAAUUUCGCUUUUCAAUCGCCAUGUGAAGGUAAUGAGACAGAGUACUCUCCGAAUGGUGCAUAUGGCACAAACCUUAACACAGUCCUCUCCUCUCUUUCACGUAACAUAGAUAGUGAUGGGUUUUAUAAUACUUCCAUAGGCCAAGAUCCAGACAAGGUUAGUGUCAUCGCGCAGUGUAGAGGAGAUGUCGAUUUACAAACAUGCCGUGACUGUAUAAAAAAUGCAACUCGCUUGAUUUUAGAGCUAUGUCCUCAAAAGAAAUCCGCCUUUGGUAUUUAUGAUAAGUGUCUGAUAAGAUAUUCGAAUGAGUCCUUCAUAGGCACAGUCUCAACAGACCCACAGAAAAUUUAUUAUUACAACCAAAAUUUCUCGAACCCGCAAUUGUUCUUUAACCGAUAUUUGACACCCGUGUUGGAAAAUUUACGAAGUCGAGCUUCAGAGGGUGGGAAGCGUAAGUUUGCUGCUAAUAUUACUAAUGCCCCUGAUUUUGCGAGGAUAUAUGUACUUGUACAGUGCACAGCCGAUUUAUCCGCUGACGAUUGCUUCAAUUGUUUGACCACUGGCUAUCAAACUCUACCUAGUUGUGAGUGUUAUGCAAAGCGGGGAAACUACUAUUUGAUGCCCAGCUGCAUUAUUCGGUAUGAACCUUACUCUUUCUUCAACGAGUCAUUUGCUGAAGCUCCGCCAUCGCCACCACCUGCCUCGUUGCCACUGCCACCACCAGCUUCACCGCCACUGCCACAACCAGAAGAAAGGAAGCUGCUGUGUAAGCUGCUACUA